GCUCCUCGUGGAUCAAGCUCUUUUAUUCACUACUUCCCGAUCAAGAUUAAGUGAAUACCCUGUUCUCGGGUGAUAGGAAUUCAGUUUAUUCCACUCGAGCUGUGGGUCGAGGCGAGAUAUACCAAACCGGAAGCCUAAAAUGACCCACUGGCCGAGUUCAUUCAGGAUUGUACAUGUAACCUAUGCUGAGUCCAUCUCUGCAACGCGUUUCUUGAGCGUAUAAGCGAAAUCUUUGGAAUGCAUUGAAAGAAGUAGCUGCUUUGAACUGCCGAACGUCGCCGGCACAUCUUCCCUUCCUCUCGGCCUUUGCAGAGUUUCGUGACCAAGUUCGGUGCGCCUGCAGCAGCCACUCCACUCAAAGUUUUACCAGUGUAGUGGCGGCGAAGGCGACCGAUUGCAGGAGGGGACUGCACUGACGGGCGGGGCCGCGGGUGCCAAAGGGCCGCAACAACUUGCAGAAGGCGACGACCUCGUCGCUGGAAAGUCACGUUCGUCCACAUCGUCAACGCUGCCGGGGCUCUGUCAGCUGAACACUCACUGCAGACCUCAGUGCCGCAACAAUGGACCAAUCGCUGCUGCUGGCCCUGCCGGACGACGCGCUGCUGGCCGUGCUGGCGUUCCUGCCGCCGAGACAGCUCUUCGACUGCCGCGUGCUGUGCCGCCGCCUCCGCGAUUUGUGUCUCCACCCCGACCUGUGGCGCCGCAUCCGAGUGGCGAGAGCAUGGAAGAACCUUGGUCUGUCGCGCAGUGCCCUCCGGCUCGCACCUUGCCUACGCGAACUGGAUAUCAGUGGGAUUGACCUUGAGGAUGCUGCCACCGAGGUGUCCCGCACCUCGUGUGUCGUCGCUAAACUUAGGAUAGCUGUCGACGCCACGCACGAAGUGACCUUUGCCACGGCUAUAGUAGAAAAGGUUUCUGCUCUCGGUGGCCUUGAAGAACUGGACCUGCCUAUCAGGGUUGAGGAAGGCGUCGUGGAUGUGAAUGGGCUCCUGGGGGCAAUGUACAAGGCCGACCGUCUCCGUAAAUUGAGAAUCGCUGGCGAAGGCCGGGUGGCUUCAAUAAGUGGCCUGGAGAUGAGCCCGUUUCUUACCGAGCUCACAUGUGAGCGUCUACCUUGUGAUGCUUUAGUAGAACAUCUUCUGGAGGCACACGCCGCCACCCUCGAACGUGUCCAUUUCACGAUGAUGAUGCUUCCCGUGUCUGCUUUAUUAAUGCUGCCCAGGCUACGUUCCUUCGAGUGUGGGAGCUGCGAAGAAUACGUCUUAUGGCUUCCGGAAUUCCUGCGUGAGGCGUCGCAGCUCCGCUCUGUGACUCUUGCUCCAUGUCGCUGGUUUAUAGAUCCUGAAGCGAUACCUGCUUUAGCCACAUCGCCCUCUGCGCGCGUCUUAGAAAGCCUUAAACUGCAUGUCGCAUACGAAAAAGCAGACUUCUGGUGCCAGUUAGCUGCCGCCGUACCUGAGUUCACAGCUCUACGGACUCUGUCCCUGAAGUUCGAUGGAUUCGACUUGUCGCAACUGGAACCCUGCUUCGAUUUGAUGCGGGCGCUUAACCCAACAACUGCCCCUAGCCUCACCACGCUGGAGAUGAUCGGCCUACCCAUACCCUCAAGGAGAGUUUGCGUCCACGCCUGGCUCCACGACCCCGCCGUUGAAGAACUUCUGAAGAGGAACCCUCGUCUCCAUCUCCGCCUGAGGGACUUUUUUUGGAACCCUGAUUGCACGUGCACCUGGUGCAAAAAAAAGUGCCACUCUGACAUUUGGAGAUCCAUUGGCUGGGUCCGAGGCAGGGCCGCGCUCGCGGUGCUCUCUGAUAUUCGUUGGAGAUCGGAAGGCUGGGUCGCGUUCGCGGCGCACUCUAGGGGGGCCUACUGCCUGUACCCGAGUGAGUGCUCCAGUUGGCCAUGAUUUGUAGCCCCUCGAUCGGCCGUCUGCUGGCUUACCGAACGAAUGUUCUCACAUUUUGGUUUGAAAUAACUGGCGUUUAUGCUUAUUUAGACAGCCUUUUCGAUUCUGUUUUUACCAGUUGCUGUCUGUUCUUUAAUCGACAACUUAAUAUGUCUUCCUGUUCAAAAUUAUUUUAAGAAACAGGUGUGCCUAUGCUUGAGUUCGAAUGGUGUGAUUCAAUAGUAACUGAACUCAUGGAUUUUCUCUUUUGUACUUACUAUUUGUGUCGAAGUAAAACGUUUGGCCCCAGAUUUC